AUGGGACGUAUGCAUGCUCCCGGGAAGGGCCUGUCCCAGUCGGCUCUACCCUACCGCCGCAGCGUCCCCACUUGGCUGAAGCUGACGUCUGACGACGUGAAGGAGCAGAUCUACAAAUUGGCCAAGAAGGGCCUGACUCCCUCGCAAAUAGGUGUAAUCCUGAGAGACUCACAUGGUGUUGCACAAGUACGUUUUGUGACAGGCAAUAAAAUCUUGAGAAUUCUUAAGUCCAAAGGACUUGCUCCUGAUCUUCCUGAGGAUCUCUAUCAUUUAAUUAAGAAAGCUGUUGCUGUUCGAAAGCAUCUCGAGAGAAACAGAAAGGAUAAAGAUGCCAAAUUCCGUCUGAUUCUGAUUGAGAGCCGUAUUCACCGAUUGGCUCGAUAUUACAAGACCAAACGAGUCCUCCCCCCCAAUUGGAAAUACGAGUCAUCCACAGCCUCUGCCCUGGUUGCAUAA